UCAACCUCUAAGCGCGGCAGGAAAAGAGACGACACUCUCCCCCCCAACAGAGCGAGAGAUGUUCAACGCGCUUUCAGAGCACGUCGAGCCUCACACCUAGAGGCCUUAGAACAACGAGUUAUCAUCCUCGAGGAUGAAAACGCUCGUCUCCGAGCGGCACUCGAUUUACCUCCGAGUGAUCGUCCCCCGCUCGGUACUGGUCCCACAGGCAGAGGUAAA